GAUAUCUGUAGUUGCAAUAUUUAUGAUCAUAUCAUUAGAAAUAAUGAAUGAUCUUGGUUCAUAAAUUCACAUAGUUUUUAUAGUUAGUUUAGUGGUUGUGGGUUGUGAAAUAUAUUGUGUUAUGUGAGGCCUCUUUAUCUGUGGAGGUGGAUUAGUUUUGCAAAGAUGGAAGAGGAAACAUUUGAAAUCCACGACCUAGAUGAUUUUGAAAGGAUUUUCACAACGUCAUCUCUUUAUCAAGAGAUUAUGACAAUAUAUGAUGGCGAUGAACAUGGCAAGUUUAUGGAAAGGCUGGAUGCUCGAAUCCGAAACCAUGACCGUGAUAUUGAGCGCAUGUGUAAUCAUCACUACCAGGGUUUCAUCGACUCAAUUCGAGAACUUUUGCAAGUCAGAUCACAGGCACACAAACUCAAGACAGAAGUUGUGAGGAUAGAUGAGGAGGCACAGGAGUCGGCAAAACAUCUCUUAAUGAAAAGCGAAGAAUUAAUAAAAACAAGGAAAGUGCAGUCUAAUAUAUGUGCUGCAAUAGAUGCUCUUACUCUAUGUCUGCCAGUAUUAACAACAUAUUCCAAGCUACAAAAACAGAUGCAGGAAAAGAGGUAUUAUCCAGCGCUGAAAACGUUGGAACAGUUAGAACACACAUAUCUUCCUCGAGUUGCUAGUUAUAGGUUUGCUCAACAAAUGCGAGACAAUAUUCCCCGGGUGCGUGAAGACAUCAAACAGGCUUCUAUGUCAGAUAUCAAAGACUUCCUUGAAACUAUUAGAAGGGUUUCAGCCCGUAUUGGUCAGGUAGCUAUGAAGCAUGCAGCAUUACAGUACAACAUGGAUCCAAAAUUAGCCAUGACACGGAUGAAAAAACAUGCUCCAAUGCCACCAAACCCUUUUACAGGUGAAACAUACGAGGCUCAGUCUGAAGCACAGAGUGAUGAAGAGGAAGACCUCUGUGCACAAGAUUUGAUCAAUUUUGCCCCAGUGUAUAGGUGCCUUCAUAUUUACACUGUGUUAGGAGCAAGGGAACAAUUUGAAACGUAUUAUAGGCAACAACGUAGAGAACAAGCGAGAUUGGCAUUACAACCUCCCACGAAUAUGCAUGAAAAUUUGGAAGGGUAUCGACAGUAUUUACAUGGUGUUGUAGGCUUCUUUGUUAUAGAAGAUCAUGUACUCAACACUGGCAAUGGUCUGGUCAACCGUCCUUACUUGGACGAAGUCUGGGACAUGGCCUCUGGAAAAGUAGUAAAUAAUAUAAGAAACCAUUCAUCAUAUUGUACAGAUACACACCUUAUGCUUAGUAUCAAGAAUCUAAUAAUGUUAUUUGCACAUACACUUCAGAAUUAUGGGUAUGCUGUGAACCCUCUUCAUGAAUUAUUGUUGGAAGUUAAAGACCAUUAUAAUGAAGUUUUAAUGCUGAAAUGGGUUCAGGUAUUUAGAGAAAUUUUUGACGAGGAUAAUUACCAUCCAAUACAAGUCGAUACUCCUGAAGAAUACAACAGAAUCACAGAGGUUUUCCCCUACCACGAUGCCAGUUUAGAGCAAGCUUCCUUCCCCAAACGCUUUCCUUUCAGUUUAAUGGUGCCGAAAGUUUAUAGACAAGUUAAGAAUUACGUAGCUGCCUGUUUAGAAUUUUCAGAAGAUUUAAAUUUAAGUCAAACGGAAAAGGAGGACAUGGUUCGAAAGUCUACCAAUCUUUUGCUAACCCGAACGCUUAGUGGAUGCCUUGCAACGCUUAUCAAGAGGCCAGGUUUACCUCUUUUACAGUUGAUACAGAUCACCAUUAACACGCUGCACUUAGAGCACGCCAAUGUUUUGUUAGAACAUUACGUUGCAAGACUAACAGGGUUGUUAUCGUAUCCCUACAGGAGUAUAGAAGACAGCAGCAUACCAGGUAUAGGAAGACUGCAGGGUAAAGCCAUGUUUAAAGAUAUAAGAGGAGAAGCCGAGGAGCAAAUAUAUACCGCUCUGAGACUCAAGUUAGAUGAAUUCCUAGACCUGGCAUCAUAUGAUUGGAUGUUAGCAGAACCACAGGGCACUUCUUCCUCUUAUGUUACUGAUCUCAUAGCAUUUUUAAGUUCAACGUUUUGUGCAUUUACUAACUUGCCGGUACGUGUAGCUCAGACUGCCUGUAUGUCUGCCUGUCAGCAUGUUGCCAAAUCUUUAAUGAAUAUGCUUCUUAGUGAAGAUGUCAAACAGAUGUCAUUAGCAGCUUUGGAACAAGUCAAUCUUGAUGUCAUCCAAUGUGAACAGUUUGCAGCAACUGAACCAGUGGAGGGUUUUGAAGAAGGUGCUCUACUAAUGUGCUUUUCUGAUCUGAGGCAGCUACUUGACUUGUUCAUGACAGAGGACUGGUCCACUUACUUCCAUGAUUAUGGUUCUGAAAAUGCCAAAUAUCUUCGUGUUAACCCCCAUAAUGCCAUAAUCAUUGUUGAAAAAUUACGUGAAGGUGAAAAACGUGGGAUGUUUUCAAUACUUAAGAGGAGCGACAAGAAGAAGCUUCUGGAAACGGUGCUCAAGCAACUAAAACAGCUGACACAACAGCAACACUCAACUUAGAAUAUGGCUGAGAUUAUUAAUUUUAUUAAUCUUUGUCUCAAAUGAUGUCUACUUAAACAAAUUUUCUUGAUGUGAUUGCCCUUCAAGAUGUUAUACUCUCUUCUGUAUUUGAAGAAAAUAAAUUUAUUUCUCUUAAUUUACCCGUUGAGACAAAGGUAAGCUUGUCAGUAAAUAAAGAGUUUGGUAUUAUUUAUAAUUGAAUCCAAAGGUUAUGUUUUACAAAUUAUAAGAUUCUAUCAAUGCAUUACAAUGUUCCAUAGAGGUUGAAAGCUGGUGGACAGUUAGUUCCAUUGGCAAAUUUAUAUUUUUUUUUUAGGCCAUCUAUCAGCUAUAGUAUAUGUGACAUUAAAUAAUAUAUAUAUAUAUGUAUAUACAUACAAAAGUUA